GGACAAGCAAUACUCGAUCCCGAUCCUCUACUCAUGUCUCAACCAAUUAUACUAUACGAUAUCCCAAAUCAAGUGGCCGGAAAACCAUUGUCUGGCAACACAUUGAAAGCAAGGUACACACUUGCCUACAAAGGCUUGGCCUUCAAAACCGUCUGGAUUGAAUUACCUGACAUCGCGAAGCGGAUGAAAGCCAUCGACGCAAAGCCUACUGGGCAUAAGCCUGACGGAAGCGAUUCGUAUACCCUCCCCGUCAUCCAGGACCCUUCUACAGGUGUUGUUGUCUCCGAUUCUUUCGCUAUCGCAGAAUAUCUCGAGAAGACCUAUCCGUCCAAACCCACAUUGUUUCCUCACGAUAGCGUGGCUCUUAUCAGCGUCUUUGACUCUGCCCUCAUGAAAUCUCUGGUCCCGAUGUUACAGAUAAUAGCUGUUAUUGUCUCCGCGAAGUUAAACCCCAUAAGUGCAGAACAUUUCAAGAAAGAUACUGCGAAGAGACUCGGUGCCAAGUGGGAGGAUAUUUCGCCCGAAGGUCCACGACGCGAACAGGAUUGGAAAAACGUAAAGGAGGUUCUUGGGAUCAUUGAUGGAUGGUAUUCGAAGAGCGAUGGUAAACAUAUAAUGAGAGAUACAUUUUCUUAUGCAGAUAUCAUCGUGGGUGCGUGGGUGAGGUGCUUCAAUGGGGUGUUCGAAGGGGAAAAAUGGGAGGAAAUGAGGUCUUGGCAUGAUGGACGCUGGGGCAAAAUAGCUGAGGAGACUAACAAGUAUCUCAAUCAAUCUGGACUAGUGAAUGAAAAAAGAGUUCUGUGA